AUGUCAUUACAUAAGCUCCAUCAACAGGCGCUGCUCCUCCAAGAAGAACUCAAAGUCUUCCAGCAAUAUUUGACUGCCAAAAAUCACAGCAUGAUGUUGAUCUUCCAAAUUUCCGGAAAGGACGACAACGAUGAAGGAAGCGAGCAAGUAGCGCCUACACAACAUGCUCAACUGCUCAGAAAUACAAACCUCCGUCAUUACCAGCUAUGGUGGUCAGCAGCCAAGCAUUGUCGCGGAAUAAGAGCCCUUGGUAAACGCAUACCCGUCAUCAAAGGACGUAUUGGCUUCAGACACCGAAAACCCGGCGAGGAAGUCCAGAUCGACAUCGUCGCAGACGAUGGACAGACAUGGAUAAAGAUAUCCUCGGUCACAGAGAAAAGACUGAUCUUCGAAAUGGCCAAGCAGGGCUGGGAAGAAUACGGCGGGGUCUCAACAGACGACGAGUCCGAUACGUCUUCCACUUCCGCUACACAAGGUCAUACCGCAAACGCCUCUGCAGAAGUGCCCAAAAUGAAACUUCUGCGCACGGCAGAAGCGCUCCAGUCUGCAUCGGCAUACGUUCGCGCACGCUAUCGACAUCCUCGUGUGCAUAUCAUCUUACCGAAUAUUUCAGAUGAUCCGCACCCAUCCGUCGCAGCUCUCUUGGAAGACAUUCGCAACACAGGCACGACUGUUACAACCGGAGACCCUUUUGCUCCUGGCGCACAGAGACCUCCAGAGGCCUCCUCGACUAUAUUCGCACCGAACUUCUACACAGACGUACCCGGCAAACAGAGCCUUUGUCUGGCUUUGACACCAGCCCGCCUCGCUCAGAUGUCGCCAUCUCCCGCGCACAAGCCUCCCCUCACCACCAUCCUUAACAUCGACACGUCAAUUCUCCUUGGACUCCUGUCCGAUCAAUGUCACUACAAGCCUUCGACCAUCACAUCCGUGCACACAUCAACCUACCACGCUGCACUCCAGUAUCUCCACCGACAGAUGACUCGAGAGGAAGCUAGGCCCCUUCUCCCAAACACCCUGUACCCAUUACUGGCGGGCCACGAGCUCGUCUGCACGUCCGCGGCGGCGGAUCGCGCGCGAGAGAUUGUGCAGACCAUGGGGACAGAGUCGGAGCGGCAGAGGGUUGAGAUACUACUUGGCAUGAGGCGGUCAUCAUCAAUGUCACCGCUGCGUAGGUCCAGGGCGGGCUCUGAUGAUGAUGCUGCUGCUGCUGAAGAGACGAGAGAAUCGCUACAAGCUCGCUGGAAGUCGCUCUCCUCUUACCCGCUGCCCAUCAAAGGACUGCAGUUUCCGAUAAAGGAAGUGGAUGUCGAUCUGAAGGCACUUCUCGAAGAAAAUCUCGAAGUAGACCAUCCCAACAACGCCGCAAGUGCAUCCGAGUCUCCAUGUCAGGGAGGCCUCUGUGACGAGCAAAGUCCAGUCUGCAAGUCGGGGUCAGCAUCAGAUUCCUCUCACUUGAGCGUCCUUUCCAGUUCGCCAGAAUCCGCCAGACCCUGUCCCGCCUUUCCACGUACGAUAGCCCAACGCUUACACAUCCACUAUUCCCAAGCCAUAGGAAAAGCACUGGAAUCCUUCUCAGACCUCAACGCGUCAGUCCUCUUCUACAGCUGGGCACACAACAUCGUUACAAUCACGAGCAACGGCCUAGCUGUCAGAGCAAUUGAAAAAAGCCUGGACACGGUCAUGGAUGCGAUGGAGGCGGAGGGAUUGGCUGUUGGUAGGGAUGUACCGAUGCCAAUGUUCUAUCUGAUAGGAGACUCCCGAAGCUUGGUCGGGAAGGAGAAGCCGGGUCAGGGCGCGCAGAGGCCGCCCCAACCUGGAAAUUGA